AUUUCAUUUUUCUUUCCAGGGGGUCACACACAACAUCUACAACUGUCUCAGGCAAGAGCAUUUAAAGCACCAUGUCCUCUCGAUCUAUAACUAUAGUGUCCUCUGGACGGAGCCCAGCGCUCGACCACAGUGGGUUGAGGAUGCACGACACUGAGCUCUCCUCACAGCCCAAACUCCCGCUGGAGGAUGAUAGGGAGUCCGGCAUCGGCUCCACUCUUGACCUCAGCGUCAACUUUGAGGGCUACAACCGACAUACCAAUCAGCACUCCAAUACACCUUCACUCAGGGAGGCAGACAGGCUCCCUGAGGAGAAAGACAGCUCUUCGCAGACCACAGCAGUCAGUCCGAACAAGAUAAAGCAGCUCCUUAUAAAUAUAUCCAAGAUCCCUCUCCUCUUCAUCCUCCUCUUCUUCUUUGUUUGCUCCUUGGACACUUUGAGCUCUGCCUUCCAGUUAGCAGGGGGUAAAGUGGCGGGGGACAUUUUCCAGGACAAUGCCGUGCUGUCUAACCCUGUGGCGGGGUUGGUGGUGGGGGUCUUGGUGACUGUGCUGGUCCAGAGCUCAUCCACCUCCACCUCCAUUGUCGUCAGUCUUGUGGCCUCCGGAUUGUUAGAGGUGAGGUCAGCUGUUCCAAUCAUCAUGGGGACCAAUAUUGGGACUUCAGUCACAAACACCAUAGUGGCCAUGAUGCAAGCGGCAGAGAGGACCGAGUUUCAACGUGCCUUUGCUGGGGCAACGAUCCACGACUGCUUCAACUGGUUGUCGGUCCUGGUUCUGCUCCCACUGGAAGUGGCAAGUGGCCUCAUGACUCGGCUGUCCCACCUGCUGAUCACCAGCUUCAGCCUUCAACCAGGGGAGGAAGCACCUGAGCUGCUCAAGGUCAUCACUGAGCCAGUCACCAAGCUCAUCAUACAGUUAGACAAGUGUGUGAUCACAGCCAUCGCCAUGGGAAAUGAGGGCAUGAGGAACAGGAGCCUGGUGAAAGAAUGGUGCCAGACUGACCUUGUUAUGUCAUCUGGCAAUGGUAGCACUGAAAACUGCGGACCCAGUCAUGACUUUCUGUCCCAGUCGUCACUGAAGUGUAGGCAUUUGUUUGUGUCUACCGAGCUGUCAGACCUCAGUGUGGGUCUGAUUCUCCUGGCAGGCUCUAUGGCUGUCCUCUGCAGCUGUCUGCUUCUUCUAGUCAAGCUGCUCAACUCUCUUCUUAAAGGCCAAGUGGCAAAGGUCAUCCAUAAAGUCAUCAACACAGACCUGCCAUAUCCGUUUGAGUGGCUGGCAGGAUACAUAGCGAUGGCUGUGGGUGCAGGAGUAACAUUUGUGGUCCAAAGUAGCUCUGUCUUUACUUCAGCCAUGACUCCCCUUGUAGGUAUCGGUGUGAUCAGUCUCGAGCGAGCGUAUCCUCUCACCCUUGGGUCCAACAUUGGGACCACUGCCACAGCCCUGCUGGCAGCGCUGGCCAGUCCUGGAAACAAGCUUGCAGCAGCCAUACAAAUUGCUCUGUGUCACCUCUUCUUCAACAUCUUUGGUAUUCUGCUGUGGUAUCCUCUUCCGUUCAUGCGUCUGCCCAUAAGGAUGGCUCGUGUCCUGGGUGAGCGCACUGCCAAGUACCGCUGGUUUGCAGUCUUGUACCUUUUGCUUUGCUUCUUGCUGCUGCCCUCGCUGGUGCUGGGCCUCUCGCUGGCAGGAUGGCAGGUGAUGGCCGGCGUUGGGGCUCCUUUCCUGGGUGUGACCAUCUUCAUAGCCAUGGUAAAUGUGAUGCAAUCCCGCAGCCCAGGCCACCUGCCCACUAAGCUCCAAACUUGGGACUUUUUGCCCCAGUGGAUGCACUCUCUCAAACCACUUGACCGUUUGAUCACAAAGACAACGGUCUGCUGCAGUAUCACAUGUGAGGCUGGGCAGGGGGAAGAAGAAGAACAAGAAGAAGAAGAGCACAUUUCAACAAAGACAACCUCUGUUUUAACCCCUAAGAACCCAAACAAAGAGUCCAUGCAGAGGAAGGUAGAUCUGGCUUAUGAAAACCCCGUCCUGGACUACCUGGAUGAGAAAAGACCAGGAGUACGGGUUCUCAGAUUAAAGGGGUUAGAGAGGUGCAACAGCACACCACUGUAGUCAAAUAGAUAGCAGAGAGCAGUUUUAUACAUUUUGUCAAUACUGAACCCAUUUCUGAUUAUUGAUUGAUUUAUUAUUAGAGAUAGCCUCCCAAAGCUCAUGAGCUCAAUACAAGAUUUUAACUUGGAAAACAUCAACAGAAUUGUCCGACCUCUGCAGCUAGAAGUCAGACCAAACAACCAUCUAUGAUCUCUUCACAUGUUCUUGCAGCUGAUGAAACUCUCAUGAUGAACAUGGCAAAAAAAAACAACAACCUCAAGCUCGAUUAUGUUGUUGUUCUUUACAUGAUCUUCAUCAGAGUCUUGCCAGUUUAUCUCUGCUCAUUUCAUCUCCAGUUUUUCCAAUGUUCACAUUCACAUUUUUAAUGAGCACUUUGAGGACUUCAUCAUCCAUGUGUCAUCCAACUAAGCAAAAGUUCAUCAAAGCUACUAUGACCAUGAAUUCUUAUUAUUUUUUUGUCAGCUGUGGUUCUUAAGGUCAACUUGAUGAACAUGUAGCACAUAAAAUAAAAUGUAAUUGCAUUUACGGUACCCUGGUUUCGUGCCAUUCCACUGAUUGACUGUAGUGUUCCAACGAUUGUAGGCCGUGAUGAAGAUUUCACAAACCAGUUUCAGUGGAUAGUUUCUGGAGAAGUCACCAUGUUCUGUAUGUUUGAGUAUCUUAUGUAAAGGCCAAAAUUCAGUCAGUUAUAUCAGUAACCAUACAUAGUGAAUGUACAGUCAUGUACAUUAUGCCACAUUUAGACUACACAAUGUUUUUUGCACAUCAAAAUAAUCACUGUGCCAGAUUAGAUAAUUAUAGAAUCAUACAGACUACAGCUACCCGACUUUCACAUCCUGCUUUGGGAAACUGGGACACAUUUCUAGGAACAAGAAUGAGAUAAAUCAGCUUUCAAAGCAGCUCUAAAGAUGGAUCCGGUUUUGCAGAGAUUGCAUUUCAUUUUUUCUUUUGUUGUUCAGACUCUCUAAAAUCAAUCUGGAUAUGCCACAACGAAAAUGGCAGUCUGAACAUACACUACACGUAUUACUAGAUUACUACAUGUACAUUAAAU